AUGAAAGCGCUCAACUAUGUUGGGCCGUUCAAUGUCAAGGUCCAGGAGGUCGAGAUGCCCCGACUCGAGCAUCCCGAUGACAUUAUCGUCAAGGUUACCAGUGCCGCGAUCUGUGGCUCAGACCUACACAUGUACGAAGGACGAACCGCAGCAGAGGCAGGCAUCACUUUCGGCCACGAAAACCUAGGUAUUGUCGAAGAACUCGGCGAUGGCGUGACACUACUCAAAAAGGGCGACCGGGUAGUCAUGCCCUUCAACGUCGCCGACGGCCGGUGUCGGAACUGCGAAGAUGGAAAGACUGCGUUCUGCACGGGCGUGAACCCCGGGUUUGCGGGCGGUGCUUAUGGAUAUGUUGCUAUGGGGCCGUAUCGUGGUGGUAUGUAUACCUCUUCACUUCAUUCGAACACGCCAAAGGACAGGUGGGUUAAGAGCACUAUCGCAGGCCAAGCGCAAUACCUUCGCGUCCCCUACGCCGACUUCAACGCCCUCAAGCUCCCACCCGGCACAGAACACGAAGCAGACUUCAUCCUGCUAGCCGACAUCUUCCCGACAGGCUGGCACGGGAUCGAGAUCUCAGGCUUCCAGCCCGGCGACACUGUUGCUGUCUUCGGCGCGGGUCCCGUAGGCCUGAUGGCGGCAUACUCCGCACAACUGCGCGGCGCAUCACGAGUCUUUGUCGUCGACCGCGUCCCAGAGCGGUUGCGUGCUGCCGAGAAGAUCGGUGCCGUGCCCAUUGACUUUACGGCCGGCGAUGCAGUUGAUCAGAUUAUCGCGGCGAAUGGAGGCGAGCUGGUUGACCGGAGUGUUGAUGCGGUGGGGUACCAGGCCGUUAGUGGUAAGGGGGACAAUGCGACCGAGGUGCCGAAUAUUGUGCUGGAGAAUAUGAUCAAGGUUACGCGGGCUUGUGUGACCCCGGCGCUGGUGACACCGCAGCAGCGAAGGGGUCUCACCCUCGGCACCGGUCAAUGCAACGUAAAGGCAUACAACCGACAAUUACGCGACCUGAUCAUUGCAGGCAAAGCAAAACCGAGCUUCGUCGUCUCGCACGAGAUCAGCAUCGACGAGGCGGAGGUUGCGUAUGACAAGUUUGAUAAGAGGGUAGAUGGAUACACCAAGGUUAUCAUUCAUCCGAAUGGCGGUUUCCAAGGAAAGCAGCCGCCGGUUGUGGCGUCGACGUUGUAG